AUGCCGGGUCACCUAAUGUUUGAGCUUUGCCCCUUGGGACAGGGCACUCUGAUGUCGAGGGCAACGGGUAGAACGGACGCCAAGAAACGGAGUCAAACAGUUUCGGCGACGGGGCUCUCGUUUGCUUCAGAGCUUCAGCACCCCUCUGUGACCAAGAGACACGCGCGCCGACGUAAGAUGAGUGGUAAUAGGAAGGAGGACACAAGUCGGGGCCACGAAGAAGUGCGCGUUCACGCUCGAUUGAGAAAGAGGCUAGCAGGAGUUGAAUCGGAGCCGAGAUUGAGACAACCUCGCAGAUACUCAGAGACAAAACCGAACCCGGUCGGGUCGCCGAAGACGCAAGACAAGCGUGAACAAGGCAGACGCCGCUGCCCGCACGCCGUCCCCGGCGGGCCUGCACCCGAUACGGGCAACGAUAUGAGACCAAGUACCGGCACCGCGGACAACGGCAGUUCUCUCUUCGCCCCCUGGUACCUAGUCAGUCCUGCAGUAUCCGCAGAGCAAUUGUCUCCAAGUCACCAACCAAACGAAACAGGAAGCUCGUUAAGGACGGUGGGGAACCUAGAAGUAUGGAAAGGCAAAAGUCAAUUGAGAUUAUUGGAUAACGGCUAUCGAGUGGAGAAGAAGCGUGAAAAAUUGGAUGCGCAAUCUGACAAGCUCCAAAAGAUUGGACUUGGGGGAAAAGAGGCAGUGGAGCAAUGUUGGCCCGAUCUUACACCGACAAAAGUACCCAAGUCCAACGUCUACAGCACUCGCAAUAAACAAAGUUCCUUCCAGUAUUUCCCCCCUUCGAUGCUUAUCCAAGAUAUCAUCGUUAUUAGCCGUCGGGUUACGAAUCACAGUCGUCUCUCUGCAUAUUCACUGGAGCCUGCCCAUCAAUCAAGCUUCUUCAUAGUGGGUGUCUUGUAUCCAACCCCUCCAACGGGGUCCAGUGUGGACGCGGGGCCUACGUCAACCAAUUUUGACGCUUAUUUUAUGUUCUGUCUUCCUUUUUGUCGGAUCGCAGAUCAAGAUGAUACUGAUUGGGAGAUGUUGGGGUUUUAUUUACAGGCCCUCCAUCGUCACUCUCACGAUAACCUCACCCUGCAAAGCAUCAAUCCCACGUGGCAACCAACCACUUAUGUGCAGGCAUUCGUCUGUAUUGAGCAAACAUCUCUGGGGCUUCCCGCUGCCAUAUCCGCACCCUACCGCCAGCCUGGUUCCAUCCACCCUUGCAGCGAGCAAAAGUCUUCUCUGAGUGUGCCGCUCUUCUUGAGCUGGCCAAACCUAGGCGAUCCCAUGUCGCCUUCCAAAAAUCUUCGUCUUCCUCCACAAUUCAAAUGA